AUGGAUAGAGCCCCAUUUCUGGAGUACAAUAUUAGGAAAGUUGACCAUUCCGUGCGCCCGUCUCCUCGCCUCUUCGCCUCCCACCUUCCGUAUUAUUUAGUUCCAAAGGGCCUCAGGAACAACAAAAGUAAAGUUAUUUAUGUCUACAGAAAUCCUAAGGAUGUUUUGGUCUCCUAUUUUCACUUUACAAAACUUUUGGCUACAUUAGAAGAUGUAGAUAGUAUAGAGCACUUCAUGAAAAGAUUUCUUGAUGGAAAAGUGGUGGGAAGCCUUUGGUUUGAUCACGUCAGAGGCUGGUACGAGCACAGACACAGUUUCAAUGUUCUGUUUCUGAGGUACGAAGACAUGAAGAAGGAUCUGAGAAGUUGUGUGCUUAAAAUCUGCAGUUUUCUUGAGAAAGAACUGAGUGACGAGGCUGUGGAUGAUGUUGUGAGAAAAGCCACUUUUCAAAACAUGAAAUCUGAUCCACAAGCAAAUUAUAAUAAAAUUGUAAAAGAAGAAAUUGGGUCAAGAACAGAUGAUAUUCGUUUCCUACGCAAAGGUACAAUUGGAGACUGGAAACAUUACCUGACUGUGGAGCAGAGUGAGAUGUUUGACAGGAUCUUCCAAAGGAAGAUGAAAGAUAUUCCUCUGAAGUUCACCUGGGAUGUAAAGGAGGAAUAG